AUGGAUGAUCAGAAGGACCAAAAAAAUAGGAAAGAAAACCCAGAUAAAAAGAGGCAUGUAUGGAAAUCUUCGGAGGACAAAAUACUUCUCACUAUAAUGAAAGAUCAAACUUUACACGGAGGGAAAGAAGGAACAGGUUACACAAAGAAAGCAUGGCGUGAUAUCUUAAAACAAUUCAAUGAUUCAAGAGUAGACAAACUUGAAUUACAACAAUUGAAAAAUCGCCAUAAGUACUACUGGAGUUGCUAUGCUGCCAUGGAUAGACUUCUUAAACUGACUGGAUUUGGUUGGGACGACGAUGACAAAAUGAUAAAAGCUUCAGAAGAAACUUGGGAGGAACUAAUUGAGAAGGAUAAGUCACUCCAAGAAUAUCGAGAAAAGGUGUGGCCUAGUUGGGAAGAUCUUCAACAAAUAUGUGCUAGUUCAACGGCAUCUGGAGUUGGUGCUGUAUCUAGCAAAGGGAAAGAUGGUUCAUGCACAACUAAAUCAUCUCAAAUUGAUCUCAAUAAGGAUGUUGAAGUACAUGAAAUCGAGUCUGAUGAAAACAAUGGCUCCCCUGGUGUGUUCACUAAGAAGUCGACAGCCAUUGAGCCAGAAAAAAGGAAAUUCCCUGGAAGUGGAUCAAAAGAAACUACAAGAGGACAAAAACGUACAGCUGAUGAUGCCAUAACAGCAAUUGAUCGUCUUGCAGAUGCAUCACUCAGCAUUGCUGAAGCAAAGAAAAAAACAGCAGAACAAAAUGACACUUACUCGGUUAAAUCAUGCAUGUCAGUACUAAAUAGUAUGGGUAGCCUCGAUGCCAGCACAAAACUGAAAGCAGUAAAAGCAUUUACAGAUGAUCCAAGGAAUGAAAUCCCAGCGAAAAUAUUGGGUGAUGCAAGGUUCUACCCAUAUUUCAAGAACUGCCUAGGAGCAAUUGAUGGGACACACAUUGAGGCAAAAAUCAGGCUAGAUAAGCAAACUCCUUAUAGAAAUAGGCAUGGUUACCCCUCUCAAAAUGUAAUGGCAGCAGUGUCAUUUGACAUGACAUUCUCAUAUGUCGCUGCUGGAUGGGAAGGUUCUGCAUCAGAUCAAGCAGUUCUAAGAUGGGCUGUUACUAGUGGGGGUUUUGUUGUUCCUGAAGGUAAAUUUUAUCUUGUUGAUUCUGGAUAUGCAAAUACUCCAAAAUUUAUUGCCCCGUACCGUGGAGAUCGUUAUCAUAUUGCUUCUUUUCGUGGAAGUAAUCGACGAUAUACUAGUGAGAAAGAUAUGUUCAAUCAUCUGCACGCACAACUACGAAAUGUUGUUGAGCGAACUUUUGGUGUUCUAAAAGCUCGCUUUCCAAUUUUAAGUAGGAAAGGAGGAAUUCCUUAUCCAUAUAAAACACAAGUCAAAAUUGUUAUGGCUUGUUGUAUUAUCCACAACUUCAUCCGGAAGGUUAAUCAUCAUGAUGAGUUGUUCGAACUUUAUGAGCAUGGGGAAGCACAACAACAUGUUGACCAUGGUGAUCAGCAAGUUAGAGGGCAAGCAAGAGAAGAUGAACGAGCUGCUGGUGAGAGAGUUCGUGCAGGCAUUGCUCGACAGUUGUGGAGUAAUCAUCAACAGCGUUCCGCUCAACAACCAGAAGAUGAUUGA